CACUUGAAGCGGUUGCAAAUAUUAUGGGAUUGAAAAAUCCAAACAUAGUGGCGCCAAACGUAUUACUGGCUGAGCUAGGCAUGGAUUCAAUGAUGGCGGUAGAAAUUAAACAGACAUUGGAGAGAGAAUUUGAUAUUUUAUUGACAGAACAAGAUAUUCGAAAUCUCAAUUUUGCUGCACUUAGAAAAAUGACAAAUGAAAUCGAGCAAGAAAAGACGUACGAUGCUAUUGAAGCUACAACAGAUAAUUUGGACGGUUUCAAAAUAUUGACACGAAAACUUAAGGAUUCUGAUUUGAGUCCCGAUAUUUAUAUAGAACUCGAUACAAAAAGGGAAGUUGUUGGAAACAUAAUAUUCCUUAUACCAGGACUCGACGGAUCUGCAAGCGUGUAUAAAUUGAUAGAAUCGGAAAUUAAAUCUUUGGCGAUAUGUUUGCAACACGGUGCACUUAAUAUGCCGGAUGUUACUCGUUCAAUAAUGAAAUCAGCAGCAUAUCUUCUGCCUUACAUAAUAGAGAAAAUGGAAGAUCAAAAAGAAUUUGUAAUAGUGGGUUAUUCAUUUGGAUCCUUAAUUGCUAUUGAGUUAGCAAGAUUAUUAGAAGCUAAGAAUUUCGUUGGACGGUUAUUACUUAUAGAUGGAGCUCCUGAUUGGAUGAAAUUUUUGAUUAAAUUUUAUAAUUAUACUUCACAACAAGAACUACAAAAUUACAUUCUACUUCAUUUCAUGAAAAUAUAUCUCGAAUCCGACAAUGAAAUGACUGCGUUAGAGCUGAAUAAGUGCAGUACAUGGGAGGAAAAAUUAGAACUAUUUACUGCUCACUUUUCGGAGAAGAUCAAUAUAUUAAGUGUUGAAAAUCAAAAAUUCUUAUGUACAACGAUUUACAAUCAUAUAAUCGCUGUACAAGAUUAUGAUAUAUCUUUAUUGCCACCUUUAAAAUCAUCUAUAAUACUGUUAAAACCCACACUUACGCCAAUCACUUUUCCUGAAGAGGAUUAUGGUUUACAUAAGGUUACUGAAAGUGCAGUGCAAAUUCAUUACGUACAAGGUACUCAUAUCACUAUGAUGGACAAAAUAGCAUCAUUUAUUAACGAAGAUAAAUCCGCAGAGGAGAUUCUUGAAAUAUCGGAAAGCGAAAAUAUCAACGCAUCUGGUGAGUCAAAAGAAAGCGAAUUGAAAACAAAAUAAGAUAAAGAUAUUAGGAAAAAAUCGAAUAGAUAUUCCAAAAGAAAGUAUGAGACUGAACAUGAAGAGAAUGCUUUUGAAGCUGCAUUGAAAGUUUUGAAGAAAGAACCAGACGAAUAUGACGUUUUUGGUGAAUAUGUUGCCCAAGAGCUACGUAGUUUGCGAUCGGACGUUUUAAAAAGAAAGCUAAAAAGUGAAAUUCGUAAAGCUAUUGUCUGAAUAGCUGAUGAGGAUGAUUUGUUUUCAAACGAAUGCUUCAUCAACAUGGCCAGAACAGCCUAAUUUUUCAAUAAACCCACAAGCUGAAGAUUUACCAUCAACUGAAGAUUUACAAAGCACACAGAACUACUAUGAAAACUUCCGAUACG